GUUAUGUAUUUUGAUCGGUUAAUAGUGGGGAAAAAAUUCAAUUGACAGAUUGUGUCAGUUCUACGUCAACGUCAAAAUACGUCAUUUCCGCGCAUGAGCGCUCUUUCUCUUAAGGACCGCGGCGGCUACUUGUGCCUCGUAGAGUCCGGAGUGCUAGUUAUUUAAUUUAAUUUACGAAAAUGCAGGCAUUCGUGAAAGUAGUUAAGAAUAAGCAGUACUUCAAGCGUUUCCAAGUCAAAUUCAAGAGGCGCAGGCAGGGUAAAACUGAUUACUAUGCAAGGAAACGUCUUAUCGUCCAAGACAAAAAUAAAUACAACACCCCCAAGUACAGGCUGGUAGUUCGUUUCUCCAACCGCGAUAUUACCUGCCAAAUAGUUUACUCCCAGAUUGAAGGAGACAGAAUUGUAUGCACCGCUUACUCCCAUGAAUUGCCCAGGUAUGGCAUUAAAAUAGGUUUGACCAACUAUGCUGCUGCCUAUGCCACAGGUCUACUGGUGGCACGUCGUUUGCUGAAGAAACUUGGAUUGGACACAUUGUAUGAGGGCACCACUGAUGUGACAGGUGAUGAAUACAAUGUUGAAGGUGUAGACAAUGGUCCAGGAGCAUUUAGGUGUUACUUGGAUGUUGGUCUGAAACGUACUAGCACCGGAGCUAGAGUGUUUGGAGCAAUGAAGGGUGCUGUAGAUGGCGGUCUUAACAUCCCUCAUUCCACUAAACGGUUUCCGGGCUAUGACAAUGAGUCAAAAUCCUUCAAUGCAGAGGUGCAUAAAGGCCACAUUUUUGGCCAGCACGUUGCCAACUACAUGAAAACAUUGGAGGAUGAGGACCCAGAAGCAUUCAAGAGGCAGUUCAGUCGGUACAUCAAGGCUGGCAUCAAUGCUGAUCAGAUCGAAACAUUGUACAAGAAUGCUCACGCUGCAAUUCGCGCGAACCCAGAACACGAGAAGAAACCUGAAAAGGCUCCUUUGGCGAAACCCAAGAGAUGGAACCGCAGGAAGCUCACCCUGGCCGAACGCAAGAACCGCGUCGCCCAGAAGAAGGCAUCCUUCUUGGCCAAGCUCCAAGAACAAGAAGCUUGAGAUACUUUUUGUAUUAUAAGGACAUACAUGUUGUGUAUGUAAUAAACGACAAUUUCUUUCGCCUGAAUAUUAAAAUGCCCCUUCGUGUCACGUUUUCGGGUAGGAGAUAUCACUGAAGAAGAAGCAUGGCCUAACGAAGCAU